UCUCUCUCUCUCUCUCUCUCUCCUUCCUCUCUCUCUUUCUCUCUCUACUCCCGAGGUUUCGAUCUCCUCUCCGCACACUCGAGAGACCAUCAUCACCAUCCCCAAUCCCACUCUCCUCCCAUGCCCAUCCUCUUCCCUGGAUGCUCCGCUCCCUUCUGAGUACCCCCUCUCCACUGCUCUUUCCCGGCGCCGGCGGCGGAGGCGGAGGCGGAGGCGGAGUGGGCGGGGGCGGGGGGUGGUGGUUGGGAUCUGGGGUUCAUAGGGUUUUGAGAUGAGAAGGGUUGCUGGAGAAGCUCCGAGCUCGGAUUAGGGCUUCGGGAGCUUCGAGCUGGUGGUCUCGGAGCUAAGUAGCCGGUUUCGCGAAGCUUGGGGGUGAGAUCUGUGCGAUUGAGCUUCGGAUCGAGUUGUUCUAGGAAGAGGAGCUCGGUUUGUGGCGUCGGCGAGCUAAUGGAGGCUUUGCGUUGAGAUCUGAGUGAGCGAGCUUGCUGUUUUGCUCAAAAAGGUUGCUACUUUAGUGGGAUUCGUGAAGGUGACUUCUAUCUUGGGUAGGGUUUUGUGCUCGUUUGGUUCAUCGGAGGUAACUGGUUUGCCUCUUACUAGCCCUAAUUUCUUUCGUUUGAUGCUCCUGCUCCUUCCUAGAGCAGUAGGUUUUACUGCUACAUGGCCGUAACUUGAGAGUUUUGAGUAGUGGGAGUUUGGUGGUUGUUGAGGUUGGACUAUAGAGCUGGGGUUUCUAGGUUAGGGUUUUUUUUUCUGAGGUUUGGAAGCGCGCCCCCCCCCCCCCCCCCCCCCAAAAAAAAAAGUGGUCCAUAAGCUUGUCGGAGGAAGCGCUUGUCAGAUACUGGGUUUUCUUUCUUCUUCUUCUUUUUUUCUUUUUUUUUUUCUUUUUUUGGCUUGGUUUCAUCUGGGCUUCCUCGUUUGAAAGAGGAAAAAAGUGUUUAUGGUGGUAAAGAUUUAGACUUUGUUACUAAAGGACUCGCUUUGCUACAUAAUCAAAGUGGCGUUUGAGAUCAGUAGUAUAUUGGUGCCUUCUAGUUUCUAGUUUUUGGACUAAUCAGCGGCGAAGAAACAGUUCUCUAAUACAAAGGAAAAUUCAAAGAGAAGCAUUAAAGGAAGGUUUGGUUGCAUUUUUCCUGCUGUGGAGAAGAAGUUACUGUUAUUGGUUACUUCAAGUGCCUGCCAAGGGAUAUUUCACUUGUGAAUUGAACUAAAGGUGGAAUUUUUGUCCCCAUUCCACUUCCUUUUAGUGUUAGGGGCCUCAAAUAACAGGAAAAGAUGAGGCUUUCAACUUCUGGUCUCACCAAUCAGCCACAAGAAGAAGAACAAAGGUGCCUAAAUUCGGAGUUAUGGCAUGCAUGUGCUGGACCACUCGUGUCACUACCUGCUGUUGGAAGCCGAGUUGUAUAUUUCCCACAGGGUCACAGUGAGCAGGUCGCAGCAUCAACAAAUAAGGAAGUCGAUUCCCAGAUUCCUAACUACCCUAGCCUGCCGCCUCAGCUUAUCUGUCAGUUACAUAAUGUAACUAUGCAUGCGGAUGUAGAGACAGAUGAAGUUUACGCACAAAUGACGUUGCAACCACUGAGCCCGCAAGAGCAGAAGGAUCCGUACCUUCCUACUGAAUUAGGUGCCCCCAGUAAACAGCCAACUAACUAUUUCUGUAAGACAUUGACUGCAAGUGACACAAGUACACAUGGUGGAUUCUCUGUUCCUCGUCGAGCUGCUGAAAAGGUUUUCCCUCCACUGGAUUUCUCUCAGCAACCUCCGGCACAAGAAUUGAUGGCAAAAGACCUUCAUGGGAACGAGUGGAAAUUUCGUCACAUCUUUCGAGGACAGCCGAAGAGACACCUUCUUACAACAGGCUGGAGUGUGUUUGUGAGUGCAAAAAGGCUUGCUGCUGGGGAUUCUGUCAUCUUUAUCUGGAACGACAACAAUCAGUUGCUUUUAGGGAUUCGGCGUGCUAAUAGGCCACAAACUGUCAUGCCUUCAUCAGUCUUAUCUAGCGAUAGCAUGCAUAUAGGUCUCCUUGCUGCAGCUGCUCAUGCCGCUGCUACGAAUAGCCGGUUUACCAUAUUUUACAACCCAAGGGCAAGCCCAUCUGAAUUUGUCAUUCCUCUUGCGAAGUAUGUCAAAGCAGUCUAUCACACGCGUAUCUCUGUGGGUAUGCGUUUUAGAAUGCUUUUUGAGACUGAAGAAUCAAGUGUUCGCCGAUACAUGGGCACUAUCACGGGAAUAAGCGAUCUUGACCCUGUUCGUUGGCCAAACUCACAUUGGCGUUCUGUAAAGGUUGGCUGGGAUGAGUCAACUGCCGGAGAGAGGCAACCUAGGGUUUCGCUUUGGGAGAUUGAGCCUCUGACAACUUUCCCAAUGUACCCCUCUCCUUUUCCCCUUAGACUUAAGCGCCCAUGGCCCACAGGGUUGCCAUCUCUCCACGAUGGUGCAAACUCUGCAUUUCAGUCGCUGAAUUUCCAAGGUCUCGGCGUUGGUCCUUGGAUGCACCCGAGACUUGAUAGUUCAAUGCUCGGUCUGCAAUCUGACAUGUACCAAACAAUAGCUGCAGCCGCACUUCAGGAAAUAAGAGAUCCUUCAAAACAGCUUUCUCCAAAUAUGCUACAAUUCCAGCAACCUCAGAACAUGACCAGUAGAUCAACUCUACUACCAAGCCAGAUUAUACAACAAGGACAACCACAGUUGCAGCAGCCUUUCCUUCAAACAAUUCCGGAGAACAAAAUUCAGAGCCAUGUUCAGUCUAACUAUUUGCAGCAAUGCCAACCCAUUAGUGACCAGCGGCAGCAAAUUCAGCAGGUUGAGCAGAAACAGCUGCACCAACAAGCCCAACAGCAGAAGCACUUGUCCGAUCACCAGCAAGUUCCUAAUGUAGUUUCGGCCCUUUCUAAUCUUACCUCCUCCCCGCAAUCCCAGAUGCAAGCUAUCUCAUUUUCUCAGCCUCAGAACUACUCUGACGCGAACAAUAACUCUUUAUCCGCACCCACUGCCACCACUCUGCAUAAUAUAUUGAUGCCAUUUUCCCAAGAAGCACCCUCGAAUCUUCUCAACAUGCCAAGAAGUACCCCCAUGGCAGUUUCCAAUCCGUGGUCAUCCAAGCGUGUUGCAGUUGAAUCAGUUCUUUCUUCUAUACCACAAUGUUUUAUGCCCCAGAUGGAACAACAGUUGGAAGCUACACAGCCUAAUAUGUCUCAACAUUCUGCAACGCAGUUGGCUCCAUUUCCAGGAAGAGAGUGCUCAGUGGAUCAAGAUGGAAGCACAGAUACACAAAACAACCUCUUGUUUGGUGUCAAUAUCGACCCGUCAUCUCUUUUAAUGCAGAGUAGUAUGUUGGGCCUCAGAAGUGUGGAUAAUGGAAACGAUGCGAAUUCUAUGCCUUAUUCUGCUUGCAACUAUCUGGGCUCCACAGGAAAUGAUUUUCCUUUGAAUCAGGCGCUGACUAGUUCUAAUUGCUUGGAUGAAUCGGGUUUUUUGCAGUCUACAGGCAACGUUGAUCAAGUGAAUCCGCAGCGCGGAACCUUUGUCAAGGUUUCUAAACCAGGGACCUUUGGGAGGUCGCUCGAUAUCACCAAAUUUAGCAGCUACAAUGAGCUGCGAAGUGAGCUAGGGCGCCUAUUUGGCCUCGAGGGCCAGUUGGAAGAACCUUUGAGAUCAGGCUGGCAGCUUGUAUUCGUCGACCGGGAGAAUGAUGUUCUUCUUGUUGGCGACGAUCCGUGGCAGGAAUUUGUAAACAGUGUUUCUUGCAUAAAGAUACUAUCGCCGCAAGAGGUUCAGCAGAUGGGCAAACAGGACACCGACCUCCUCAACUCCGCCCACAUAAAACGGCUCCCCGGCAACAACUGCGAGGGCUAUGUGAGCCGGCCCGAUACAAGGAGUUUGAGCAACGGGAUGACGCCUGUGGGAUCCUUAGAGUACUGAAGGAGGAACCCCUCCACUGUAUUUUGCCGCACUUUCUAGUCGUUUUCUGAAGCUGGACUAAAGCACCUAGUAAGUCAGACUUACGCUACCUCUGUCUAAUAACUGUAUCAUUUAGUAUCAGCUUAUAUCUAUCUCUACUAUACAUGUCAAUGCUUUAUUUAUCAGAAAAACUGAUACUGUGAAUGUAGGCUGUUUUUAGUAGUUACAUCUAAUGUAUUGAAUUCUAUGUGUUUGUAUUAUUUUCUUUCCUAUUAUGAAACUGCUGUAGCUCUUGGUUCUCCC